AUGCCGCUCCCAAGUCAAGGCAGCGUACCGCAGCAAAAGUCGAUACGAUCCUUCUUUCAACCUCCCAAGCCACCCACUUACGCCCCUCCUCCCUCAUCAACCACAGCCACCCCUCCACGACCAUCUUCACCACCGCUGCUACCGAUACCUCCCCCCCUGACCUCGGCCACGAACCCCUCUCUCCCGCGCAACGCCACCAUCCGCGCCGUCGAGCCCGCCGACGUCCCCUCCCUGCGCCGCCUCAACUCUCUCCUGCUGCCCGUCGCCUUCCCCGACAGCUUCUACGCCGCCGUCCUCGACCCGGCGCUGUCCCACCGCUACUCGCGCGUCAUCACCUGGGCCGGCGACGGCGACGGCCGCCCCGAGGAGCCCAAGGUCGUCGGCGCCGUCGUCUGCAUCCCCGAGCCGUCCGCCGCCAACCCCGCCGAGACGAACCUCUACAUCCGCAGCCUCGGCGUCCUCGCGCCCUACCGCGCCCUCGGCCUCGCCGGCGCCGCACUCGACGACAUCGUCGCGCAGGCCGCCGCGUCCGCGCUGCCCCUGCGCAGCGUCACCGCGCACGCCUGGACGGAGAACGAGCAGGGCCUCGCCUGGUACCACCGGCGCGGCUUCGAGAGCUGCGGCGCCCCGAUCCAGGGCUACUACCGUCGGCUGCGGCCCGACUCCGCCAUUCUCGUCUCUCGACCCGUCCGCGCCGGUGCCGUCCUCCGCGCCGUCAACGUCCAGAACGGGACCUCCCCUGCGGACGCCAACAUGGGAAGUCAACCGUCCGCAACACAACCACCACCAGCACUGAAGCAGGAGGUAGCGGCCGCCACACCACCACCGAGCCGCCCGCCCACGACGUCCGCCAACCUCAACAGCGACGCCCGCCCGCCACCGCCGCGCGGCGGCUCCUACCAGAACCAGCGCCCCGAGAUGGAGUGGAACGACCUGCCCUCGGAUAUGACGUCGCUGCCACCACCGCCGCGGCGGAAUUUCGUAGGUGGGAGCGAGCCCGUCUCCGGCGCGGCCUCGGGCGCCAGCUCCCGGAGCAGCUCAAGCGCAGCACAGAGGAAGAAGCGGGAUCGGUCCUAUCCUGCGGCAGCGUUUGGCGGCUGA